CAACGUCACUUCCGUUUACAGCGCCUAAACUCGAAGGCUGCCAUGUUGCAGUGGAAAAGCUGAGCAGGUUUAUUAGUGAGUGUGGAGAGAUUCCGUCUGGUUAGUGAACUGAAGUCAACCUCCCAAGGAUUUACAUCAGUUUAUUGCGUUAAUUUAAGCCUCCUGAGCCGCAGAAUGAGCGGAGGGACGCCGUAUAUCGGGAGUAAAAUUAGCCUGAUUUCCAAGGCCGAGAUUCGCUAUGAGGGAAUCCUCUACACUAUCGACACCGAGAACUCCACAGUCGCACUCGCCAAAGUGCGCUCGUUUGGAACUGAGGAUCGCCCCACUGACAGACCCAUCCUGCCUCGGGAUGAGACCUAUGAGUACAUCAUCUUCAGAGGGAGUGACAUUAAAGACCUGACUGUUUGUGAACCUCCCAAGCCAUCUUUGCCUCAGGACCCUGCAAUUGUUCAGUCUUCUAUGGGAUCUGCUGCGGCACCUUCAGCUUUCCAGAGUGGAAACUCUUAUGGAUUGUUUAAACAGGCUCCAGUGUCUCCGUACAGCCAGUUCGCAGCCAGUCCGUUGGUCUCACCCCCAUUUGGGACUGUCGGAGGUCGCAGCAGUCCUGCACUCGACCCGUUGCAGAAGAGUCCGCCUGUGGAGCCAUCAGCACCAGUGACCUCGUCAGUCAGAAGUACCGCGCCUGUGAGCCGCAGGAGCCCCGUCACGGCACGACUCGGCACGAGUGCUCAGAAGCCCCUGGACACCCCGGAACAGAGGAGGGGCGAGGGCCGGUCUAGACUACGCUCCGGACUCGGGCAUGCAGCAGCAGAUACUAACGUAGUUCACUCGGGUUUUCAAUCAGCAGGCAUCGAUGCACCAAAAGGGGCUGCCCGACCAGAGUCUGAUCAAUCCAGAGGUGAAAGUAAGGAAGCCCCUAAGCGGCAAGCAGCUGCUGGGCCUCCCGGUCCGCGUCGUGGACGUGGUGGAGGGCAUCGGGGGAGAGGCCGUUUCCCUGUGAGAAGAGAUGGACCCAUGAAAUUUGAGAAAGAUUUUGAUUUUGAGAGCGCCAAUGCCCAAUUUAACAAGGAGGAGAUUGACAAGGAGUUCCAGAGCAAACUCAAGCUUAAAGAUGAGAAGCCAGAGAAGGCUUUGAAUGGGGAGGAUAAAGGUGAUUCGGGGGUGGAUACUCAAAACAGUGAGGGUAAUGCUGAUGAGGAAGAUCCAUUGGGACCCAACUGCUACUAUGACAAGUCCAAGUCUUUCUUUGACAACAUCUCGUGCGAUGACAUGCGGGAAAGGAGACAGACGUGGGCAGAGGAGAGGCGAAUGAAUGCUGAGACCUUUGGGGUCCCAUUCCGCCACAACAGAAACCGAGGUGGAUUUCGGGGCCGUGGGGGCAUGGGCUUCCGUGGUGGACGUGGUCGGGGAAGCAGCCGGGGGGCAUUUGGAGCCCAACAUCCAGGUGGCAGUGGAUUCAGAGGGGGUUACAGAGGAGGCCAGGGAGGAAGACAGUUCUCCAGUUUUGAAUACAGGAAGGACAACAAAGUAACUGCGUAGUGCAAAUGGAAGCUGGGGCCACAGGAAGGUGUAUCUUAUGGGUAUAUGAAUUUCAUCACUACUUUUGACGAGAAGAAUGAAGUAAAAAUUUACAAGAUGUAUAUUUGUCACCAGCACUGGUAUAGACCACUGGAGGAGUGGAUAUAAAUGCAAUCUUCUGAGAGUGGAAAUGUUUCAACCUUUUAAAAUGUUAAUCUGACGCAAAUAUUUCCAGAAGGGGUAAUUUUGUGUAUGAACAUAUUUUAGAGCAACUAAUGUUUUUUCUUCAGUGCUAAACUUGUAUUUAAUAACCAGUUAGCUGUAACCGAGUAGUGUAAAUAUGCCUUUGAUCACUGAAAUAGCUUUAUUAUUAUUUUGAAUAUCUUUUUUCCGUUCCAACUUUUUACUGUAUUUUUCUACUUACUCACAUUCUUGAAGUCUGUUAGUAGGAAUUGUAAUUAUGCUUGUUCGAUUUAACUAGCAUGUGGUUGGGUUUCCUUAGACUGUCCAAACUACUCUGGUACAUUAACUGUUUGUGUUUACUAUCUUCACAAAAGAGUAAGUCUCAUUGCUUACGGAAACAUCUAAGCAGUGUGACUAGUAGACAUGGAUGUUGAGAAGUGAGUGACUGGGAGUUUUCCUCCAGAAAGGUAUUUAGGAAUUAUUUUCCAUGCAUAGCUACAUUGCUUAGAAUUGCAAAAGAAUUUUUAAAAGGUGAUGCUGAAAUGUUUCACUUCAUAUGGAACCAGGCACUUAAUGUCUCCUGCCUUGUAGCUGUACUUAAUAAGCUGUUAUAAGACCAGUGGCUUCAUACAUGUGAGUAUUUACAAACACAUUAGGCUAAAGCAUAUGAUGCAAUAUUAGCAAGAAUUGCAAGGGCUUAAAUGGAUAACUCCUUUAUAGUCUGCACUUCAGUUUGAUGUGAUAUGUCACUAAUGAUGUAAUCUUUUGUUGAACAGAAAGGUGUACAUGAUUAAAUGCUUCCUGUGCUUUAGCAUGUAUAGCCACAUGUUUUUAAAGUUCGAAGUCAGCAGCGAUGCCCAUAUACUUGGAUCUUGAAUGGUGCAGAUUGUUGAGUUCAGCUGUAAGGCGAGUGAAUAUUAAAAAGAAGGCCGCUAAGGGUGUGUCAUUUAUCACUUAUUUGUUUACGUUAAUCUGCUGUUUUAGUGUUGGUCCUGCACUAUUUACCAGUGUAGUGAGUAGGUAAACAUGUACAGUGAGGCCGUAGAACAUAAAGAUUUGUGCCAUCCUCGACUGCAGAAGGCUGUUUACUUCAGUUAGUUAUCGUGGUCCUCUUGCCUUGUCGACACCACUGUCUUAGAUCGAUGUUUAAAAUGUUGGCAAUUAGGUAUAGCGCUAAUUAAUAUUCCUUGGUUUCAAAAGCAUGUUGAUUCGAUGAAUUGUGACUGGAUAUCAUAUUCGAGUGACUGUGUUUAUAGUGUACGUGCACAGUGUAAGCUCCUGUCUACACUGUGGUACAUAUGAACCCUAUUCUGUUUUGUGUUCUUCCUACAUAUAUGAACUUCUCAAAGACUCGCUGAUAAUCAGUGCCUCGUUGUGGUGUUUGAUUUGCAAACCUUCUGAUUUAAGAUCUCUGAACUAACUGGUAAAAUGUUCAAACAUUUAAGUAAAAUAAGGAUGCUUAAGAUAGUCAAAAUAGCUAUUUCUCUUUUGUUAAUAUCUCACAGGAUACUUAUCUUUAACAAAUUGAACAAUUCUGCCUAUUUAAAUUAAGCUUCUGAACUUUUCUACCUCACAUAGCUUAUAAGAUGAAAAAAUAGACUUUUCUGUGAAUGCUCUAUACAACACUACAUUCACCACAAACCUAUAUAGGAGUUGUUUACUAAUGUAAAAAGUUGGACUGAUUUGAAGUUUAUGUUGUAAAUUUUUCUCAUAGAUGCAUGUGAGAAGCUACUUGAAUCUCUAAUUAUAGCUCUAACUAUAGCAUCUCAAAGUUUAUUUAAAAUACUAAUUGAGAAAAAGUAACAUUAGUAAUAGGCUCUAGUUGGUUUGCUGUCAACACUCAAUAAAUACCAGCCUCAGCUCUUUUCAUUUCUCUAAGCAUUUUGUCUUCCCUCAAAGACCUAAUUACAUGUUUAGCAAGAUAUAUUUUACUCCUUAAUUCAGGUUUUACUUGGGCUUUGUCAAGCAUCAUAUUUGUGGCUCCACCCUGAAAUGAUUAGCUUUUACCCUCCACUGGCUGUUAUUUGAUCACUUAUUAGUUAUGAGUGUGAUGGAACAAAAUGCCUCUUUGCCUGUUCGUUGUUGGAGCGUUUCAGUUAAUCACUAAAUACUUUGCAGGAAAAAUGUGAGCUUGUGUAAAAUACCAAAAAAAUAUUGCAAUAGUGCUAGAUUUAUUUUUAUUUUAUUGGUCAGUGACAUUACUUAUUAGAAUUGCUAGUAUGACAUCGCUAGAUGGUUGUUUUGUGUUAUUUUUUUUAGAUUUUCCAUGAAGUAAAAAUCAGAUUGUCUGUUGUAUUUUUGUCAAAUAUUAGCAUUAGCAAUAAUUUUUGUUGUUUAUUUAAAAGUAUUUUGCUAACUGGGUGCUAUAGUGCUGUGAAAGUAUUUGCAUAUGUCCUGAUUUCUUCUUCUUUUUCUUCUUCUUCUGGUGUCUCGUACUAAAUAGUUUUUGAUCUUCAAAUGAAAUACAACAUAAAAUGAAGGUAACCUAAGUUACCUAACACAAUACAGUUUGUUUAUUCUAUUGGGGGGGGGGUUAUCAAACACCCAUCACCAAUGUGGAAAAACUAAUUGACCCAUUAAACUUAAAAUCUGGUUGUGCCACCUUUAGCAGCAAUAGCUGGAGAUCAGUUGUUCAGUGAUGUGGUGGAAUUUCGGCCCACUCUUCUUUGCAGAACUGCUUUAGUUCAGCCAUGUGGGAGGGUUUUUGAGCCUGUACUUCCCGUUUAGGGUCCUGCAAAAGCAUCUCAGUUGGUUUAAGUCAGGACUUUGACUAGGCCAUUCCAAAAUUUUAAUUUAGCCUUUAUUGAGCCAUUCAGAGUUGGACAUACUUCUGUGCUUUGAAUCAGUUGAGCUUAAGUUUCAACUUAUGGACUGAAGACUGGACAUUCUCCUUUUGGAUUUUCAGGUAGAGAGCAUAAUUCAUGUUUCCCUCAAUUAUUUCAAGUUGCCCAGGCCCUGAAGCAGCAAAGCAUCCCCACACCAUCACACUUCCACCACUGUGCUUGACAGUAGGUAUGAUGAUCUUGGAUCUUGUGGAAUUCAGUGUUUGGUUUAUGUCAGAUGUAAUGGGACCCCUGUCUUCCAAACAGUUCCACUAUUGACUUGUCAACAUUCUCCCAAAAGGUUUGAGGAUCAUCAAGGGGUGUCUUGGUAAAAUUCAGAGGAGCCUCAAUGUUGUUCUGGGUUAGCAGUGGUUUUCACCUCCCCACUCUUCCAUGGAUGCCAUUUUUGCCCAGUGUCUUUCUGAUAAUGGAGUCAUGAACAGUGAUCUUUAUUGAUGCAAGAAGGCCUGUUACUUUUGAUUUUAUCCUUGGCUUUUUUGUGACUUGCUGGAUGAGUAGUUGCUGUGCUCCUUGAGGAAUUUUGGAAGGUUGGCCACCUCUGGGGAAAGUUCACUACUGUGCAGAGUUUUUCCCAUUUGGACAUAAUGGCUCUCACUGUGGUACUUUGGAGUCCCAGAGCCUUUAAAAUAGCUUUGUAAUGCUUCCAAUACUGAUGCAUUUCAAUCACCUUCUUCCUCAUCAUUUCUGGAAUUUCUUUCAACUGUGGAAGUGUGUUACAGGGUAAGACCUUUUUAACCAACUUCAUGCUGUUGAAAAAGUUCUAUUUAAGUCUUGAUUUGAUUGAACAGGGCUUGCAGUAAUCAGGCAUGGUUGUCUCUAGUCUAGCUGAACCCCAUUUUGAAUGUAGUUUCAUAGACUUGGGGAAUUUGUAACCAUGGGGGCAAAUACACUUUCUCUCUCCGGCCCAGUUGGUAUUGGAUAACUUUUUUUGUGUCAAUAAAUAAUAAUUUAAAAACUGUAUUUUAUGUUUACUCAGGUUGCCUUUGAUUUUUUUUUUAUUGUUUUAAUUUUCUGAAACAAUUUAGUAUGCGAAAUAGACACAUACAAAAGAGAUCAGGAUGGGGCAAAUACUUUUUCACAGCACUGUGUGUAUGUGUAUAUCACCAUGGUAAAGUACAAGUAGCUACUCAUAAAGCAAAACAUGCUUUGCAUUGCGCAAAAUAUUUUAGAAAAGCACUUUUGCACUUAAUCUCUUCUAUCCGAUUCUCAAUUCGUGAUGGCUCAUUUAACUCUGCAGUGAACAUUUUAUAAAGGAAUACUCAGAAUAUUAUUUAGGAUUUUCCAUGCAGUUUUAAGAAGACACAGACUGUAACUGUAUACAGUAGAUAUCUUAAACAUUACAUGCUACAUAGAGAAAUAAUAACAUGAUAUUCCUUAAGAGCAUAGAAGUAUUUUAUGAUUGAACAAUAAGAGAAUUUUGGUGAAUCUCAUUUUUCAUUCAUUCUGUUCCAGGUUCUGUUCUGUCCUAUACUACUUAGUUUUCAGGGCAAUGUGAAAUCCAGGUUUUAUUUAGGCAAGAACAUUACUCUUUCCAUUAUGUUAAAACCAUUUUCUGCUGAUUUAAUCAUUCAUGCUUAGCACUCUUGCUAGGAUGUGUUUUAGUCAAUGUUGGCGGUCACUGCAUGCUGGUGUUGCCACAGAACCCAUGACAAAAUGUAUGGCAAUGCUUGUGAGGCAGAUACUGUUACAGAAAUAUUGUCUGCUUGUGAGAUUGAAUAUCACCGUUUCCUUCAGUAAGGUUUAACUUGACAUUUGUCUUUCAAGCAUGAGGGGUGUAGCUUGAUGUAAAGGGAUUUUUACUCUGAAACUCUAAUAAAAAAAAAAAUGUUAAUUAUUA